AUGGCUCCCAUUCGACGAUACCUCCGCAUUAGCAAAUAUUCGGUACUGGAAUGUCGGAUUUAUCUAGAAUCCCCAUCUGAUUCACGAUGGCUCUUGGACUCUCGCGAUCCUGUCCUCCCACGCGUCAUCGCUGCUGUUCGGCCGUUGGUCCUUCCGAAGCUGCGUGAAGAGAAUGAGCGGUUGCACAUGCGCAAGAAGGGCAAGCCGGUCAAGGAUGUCAUUACAGAAGAUGACUUCGAAGUGGCUAUCUUCCUCCGUGAAUCCCGUACCCGCCAUUCGCUCCUCACGCGGGACAAGACAUUCCACGGAAAGGAACAUCAGGUUCAAGACUUGAAAAUGGAGUUGAAACCAGACCAUGUCUCAGAGGAUACGGGUGCCAACCCGGUUAACUCGGCAGAUGGCGAAAUUAUGAUCGAGAGUGACAGUGAGCCUGAUCUGGAAUUGCACAAUAUUCCCGAAUCUGCGGAUGAAGUUGCGCUAGGAGACGGACGCCGAUCAAGCAGCAGAACUCAGACAACUAGAGAACACCAGGUGCCCACUAAAGACACGACUGGCAGUGACGAAAAGAAGCUUGGUUUCAGCACCCAUUAUGAGAGCUUCAAUAUCUAUGGUUGGGUGUUAUGUCUGUUGAUCACCCGUAAGGGCGAAAAGACCAGACCAAGUGUGAUAUCCGAGUCAACUCGGCAGCCUCUGAUGGAAGAAUGGAUUUCCACUCAGGCCCAGGCGUCUGUUGACGGCGAGUGA